AUGAUUCCACAUCAUCUGCCGCCAGGUAUCAAGCCAAUCUCAUCAUCAAAUGAAUAUUCUUCCACACUGGCUUUUCAAUUUCAAAAUAAUGCACAUGAUGGUUUUGAAAACAAUCCGAUUGGAAAAUUUCAAAAAUGGCUUUCACAAUCAAAUGAUUUCAUCAAACAAUUAGAUAUUUCAACCACAAAUGAUCAAGUCGAUAUUUCAGCAAUGAAAUCCAAGCUAUUUGUUGCAAAUUUAGCUGCUGAUUUUGUUACAGUCAAUGCUCAUACUUUACAACCAAGCUCAAGAAAAAUUAUUUGUAAGGACAUUUCCGAGAAGGGAUUUACAUUCUUUACCAACACAUCUACUUCAAAGAAAGGAAUGGAUAUUUCUACCAACAAUAAGGUGGCUCUAAAUUUCAUGUUUACACUGCCUGUGAUUCGACAAAUUCGAGUGGAGGGUAUUGCUUUGCCUGUUUCUGAGGAUCAAGUACGACAAUCAUAUGAAAAGGAAGAGCCUGAAUACAGGGUCAAUAUUCAUACCUGUCCGCAAUCGCAACAUUCACGAGGUAGAGAUGAAAUGUGGAAGGAGUUUGAAGAAAUCAACUCAAACAAGUCUCCUUCUGAGCUGAAAUCGUCUAUUCCCAAAUAUUGGGGUGGAUAUUUGAUCGUUCCAAAUCGUUUUGAGUUUUACCAAGAAGGCUUACAUCGAAUGGCAGAUAGAGUAGAAUAUACUAAGGAAGAACAAUCCGAGUCAUGGAAUGUAUCUACGCUGUAUCCGUAG